AUGCAGCUCCAGGGUCGUGCGCGUGAGUCCCUCACGCCCCAGCAGCUUCGUGAGUGGUACGCUAGUUGGGGCUGUCGGGGUGGCCGUAGUGGUAGUCGCUCUGGAGUGGGUCGGUCGGGAGCUUCUGGUAGUGGACAGGUGCAGCUGCCGUGUUCUCUUUCGCCCCAGCAGCUUCGUGCGUGGUACGCCAGUUGGGGCUGUCGGGGUGGCCGUAGUGGUAGUCGCUCUGGAGUGGGUCGGUCGGGAGCUUCUGGUAGUGGACAGGUGCAGCUGCCGUGUCCUCUUUCACCCCAGCAGCUUCGUGAGUGGUACGCCAGUUGGGGCUGUCGGGGUGGCCGUAGUGGUAGUCGCUCUGGAGUGGGUCGGUCGGGAGCUUCUGGUGAUGGACAGGUGCAGCUGCCGUGUCCUGUGAGUGAGGCUGCCGCUCUAGGUGCUAGUGCGGCUGCUACCCCAGGUGCUGGUGAGGCUGCUGCUCUAGGUGCCAGUGCGUCUGCCGCCCCAGGUGCCGGUGAGUCUGCGCUCUCAGGUGCUGCGUCGUCACCGGACACCCACACCUUCACCCUUGACUCGGGUGCUUCCCGCUCCUUCUUUCGAGACUGCACCACUCUCACGCCGCUCAGUCGGCCCGUUGCAGUCUCCCUGGCAGACCCCUCUGGGGGUCCUGUCCUUGCCCACUACUCCACUGUCCUACCGUGUCCAGCGGUCCCGUCUGGCUCCCUGUCGGGUCUUUACCUCCCCUCGUUCUCUACGAACUUGGUGGCGGGUGCUGACCUACAGGAUGCAGGAGUUGACCAGUUCACCCCUGCGCGUCAGCGGGUGACCCACUGCACGUGUGCGGACACGGGCCGACACUUGGCCACGUUUACCCGUCGGCCGGGGUCGAGCCUGUACACACUGACCACUGAGUCUCCUCCAGUCACUGAGUCUGCUCAGGUAGCAGCGUCGGGUCAGGUGUUUGCUGCGGCGUCUCGGUCUGGUCCUGAGUCUGCCCCCUGCUCGUGUCGUCUCCUGUCCCACCGGACUCUCCUCUGGCACCACCGCCUUGGUCACCCCUCCCUGCCUCGUCUUCGAGGCAUGGCGUCCCGUCUUCUUGUCUCUGGCCUCCCCCGGUCCCUCCCUCCCCUUCCUCCGGGGCCUGCCCCCACCUGCGUUCCCUGCGUCGAGGGGCGGCAGCGCGCUGCCCCUCACUCCUCCGAGUUUCCUCCGACAGAGGCUCCGCUGCAGACGCUUCACAUGGACGUGUGGGGCCCAGCCCGCGUCCGUGGACAGGGUCAGGAGCGUUACUUCCUGCUGGUGGUUGACGACUACUCGCGUUACACCGCAGUCUUCCCCUUGCGCAGCAAGGGUGACGUCACUGAGGUGUUGAUCGCCUGGAUCCGCGCAGCUCGUCUCCAGCUCCAGGAGAGUUUCGGCUCGGACUUUCCUGUUCUGCGUCUGCACUCCGACAGAGGCGGAGAGUUCUCCUCUGACCUUCUGCGGGCCUUCUGUCGUGCACGAGGCAUCCGCCAGACCUUCACGCUUCCGGACUCCCCGCAGCAGAAUGGGAUUGCUGAGCGCCGCAUUGGCAUGAUCAUGGACGUCGCUCGUACGUCCAUGAUCCAUGCGGCUGCUCCCCAUUUUCUGUGGCCGUUUGCGGUUCGGUACGCGGCGCAUCAGAUCAACCUCCACCCCCGGGUUUCCAAGCUGGAGACCUCCCCUGCUUUGCUGUGGACGGGGAAGGCUGGCGAUGCGUCUGCGUUUCGGGUCUGGGGAUCUAGGGCGUUUGUCCGCGACUUGUCUGCGGACAAGCUGUCCUCUCGUGCUGUUCCCUGCGUCUUCCUUGGCUUCCCUCCUGACGCGCCUGGCUGGCAGUUCUACCACCCCACCUCGCGCCGUGUUCUGUCCUCCCAGGACGUCACCUUUGACGAGUCGGUUCCCUACUACCGUCUCUUCCCCUACCGCACUGCGUCCCUCCCUCCCCCGCCGCUCUUCCUUACGCCAGGUCCCCCUCCGGUAGACCCCCUCCCCCCUCAGGGUCCUGCUCCCUCAGGUGUGUCCCAGGUAGAUGCAGUCGAGCCUGUCGAGGUAGCUGUUGACUCUGGUGCUGCUGGGGGUGCUGAGCCUGGGGGUGCUGAGUCUGGGGGUGCUGCGACUGGGGGUGCUGCGCCUGGGGGUGCUGAGCCUGGGGGUGCUGAGCCUGGGGGUGCUGAGCCUGGGGGUGCUGAGCCUGAGGGUGCUGAGCCUGGGGGUGCUGCGCCUGGGGGUGCCGUGUCUCGGGGUACGGAGCCUGAGGGUGCUGGACCUGCUCGUGUGGCGUCUGGUGGUGCUGAGCCUGACAGUUCUUCGGGUGCUUCGUCCCGGCGGGAGCUGCUCUCUCCACAGGAGCUGCGUGAGUGGUUCGCCCGGCGCUGGCGGCGUGCUGCUGGAGCUGGUGGUGCUGCGGACGCUGGAGGUUCUGCUGCUGCUGAGGGUGCUGGUGCAGAGGGUCCCAGAGGUGCUCGUACAGAGGGUACUGGAGCUGCUGGGCCUACGGGUGCUCCUCCUACUGGAGCUGGUGGUGCUACUGGUGCUGCUGGCGUUGGUGCUGCUGGUGCUCCUGGAGCUGGAGCUGCUGCGUCUUCUGGUGGUCUGACUGGAGCUGGAGCUACUGGGGGUGUUGGCGCUGGAGGUGCUGCUGGCGCUGGUGCUGCUGAGGGUGCUGGAGUUGGUGCUCCUGGAGCUGGGGGCACUCCUGGUGCUGGUGCUCCCGUUGGGGGUGCUGGUGCUGUUCCUGCUGGCACUGGUGGAGCUGCGCGGCCACGGCCGUACUUCGUUCCGCUCCUUGAGCAGGUUCUUGGUCUUCCGUCCUCUCUUGGUCCUGCUCCUCCCUUAGCGUGUCCGCCUCCUGUCCAGUCCGAGUCGCAGUUACCGCCGGCCUCCCCGCUUCCUUCUCCUUCUCCCUACACUGGUCCUACUGGAGGUCUUGCUGAGCGUCGUGAGCCUGCGUCUCGCCCUGCGUCGCCUGUCCGCGCUGCUCGCACUAGUGGUCGUGGUUCCCGUCAGCGUCCUCCCCCUGUCCCCGGUACGCACCGGAUGUCUUUGCGUCCUUCCGUUGCUCCUCUGCGUGCCCCUUUGCCUUCUCCUCCCGCGUCCUCUCUUCCUGACCUUCCUGACCCUGAGUCGGACUCCCUUCGUGCGGCGCGUCCUACUGUCACGCGUCUCCUUGCUACUGUUGUCACUGACCCUUCCUUUGAGUCUACUGCUGCGUCUGCUCUGGUUGCUGAGCUUGUCGACUUCGCUGCCCGCUGUCGCCUAGACUACGCUGCCAGUCUCGUCGCUGAGUCUGAGUCUGUCUGUCCUCCGUCCGUCGGGGGUGAGUGUGCUCUUGGCACGGACGUCCUUGAGGACAGGCAGGAGGAGUUCCAGUGCUUGGCUGCUGCUUCACCUCAUCUCGUGUCCAUGCUGCUUGCCCCUGAGGGAGACCCGGAUGCACUUGACAUCCCGACUCCGCGCUCUUACGCGGAGGCGAUAGAGGGUCCCUACUCUUCUCAGUGGCAGGCAGCCAUGGACGCAGAGAUGGCUUCCUGGAAGUCCACAGGCACCUACGUUGACGAGGUUCCCCCGCCUGGGGCGAACAUUGUCAGUGGCAUGUGGAUUUUCAGGGUGAAGCGGCCGCCGGGUUCUCCGCCUGUCUUCAAGGCGCGUUACGUGGCUCGUGGCUUCAGUCAGCGGCAGGGAGUUGACUACUUUCAGACCUUCUCUCCCACCCCGAAGAUGACCACUCUUCGGGUGCUGCUGCACAUAGCCGCUCACCGAGACUACGAGCUGCACUCUCUUGACUUCAGCACAGCUUUCCUGCAGGGCAGCCUACACGAGGAGAUCUGGCUGCGCCGCCCACCUGGCUUCACUGGGACUUUUCCUCCUGGCACCCAGUGGAGCCUCCGGCGGCCAGUCUACGGUCUCCGCUAG